GCGUGGGCCGCUACACUGCUGGUCUUUCGUAUCGCCACAACUCACCCGCAUGCCAUUCUUUGCACAUAUCAGAAAACUAAAAGUUCGACCAACCGGUCGAUGACCAACCACCUUGUCAGCACUAGUGCAAUGCAAUCAGGCACAACAAACAAUUAGCCACGGUGGCCUACAAUUGCGCAUAUAGUUGUAGAUCCAUCGACUUUGUGCGUUUUGGGCAGGCAUUUACAAGAAUUAGAGUCGUAAGCAAUCAUGUCGAGCCCACGACAGGCAUUACUGAAACGGAGAGCAUCUUAUACCAAGGAGCAAUUCUCGGCACACUGGCUCAAGCAUGGGGCCAAGGUAACGCCGUGGGCUUUGGAAAAUGGCGUUACGUUUUAUGCUCAGAUCCACAACCCUAGCAUAGCGCCUGGUGUCACGGUGCCAUCUACUGUGAAUAUUCUCGAAUGGGAUGGCGCCGCAGAAAUGGUUUUCGGGCGUGGGCCAGACCUCAAGUCAACCUCCAAGUCUGACUACUAUCAUCAAAAGGUCAUCCUCCCAGACGAGCGGGCCUUUCUGACAAGCGAGGCGCUACAGCAUCUCCAAUGGAUGGACCCUGGGGCAAUAGUUGGCGACAAAGUAAUCAUCAUUCAAGACGGAAAGGCCUUGAUUGACUGUGAGGAAGACAUGAAAAUCUGGAAUGAAUGGCCGGCCAAGUAAUGGCAUGAAUUUCUUUUCGAUUUACCUCUUUGCAACACUUGGAUGCUGAAGUAAAGCAACAAGCAAACGCAUUAGACGUUAGGUCUCCAAGUCCU